AAAGUAAAAAAGGAAAACCGUGGGCAGAUCCCAAACACAGGGGGAGCCACUGAACCCCACGGUCCCAAGUUACAGUGCUCUGGGUUCCCGCACGGAAUCACUCUCCUGAGUACGAGCGUCUCGGAAACCGGAAGCGGAAGUGUGCCUCCUUGUUCUGUGCCCGUCCCGCUCCGGUGUGAGGUCGGUGUGGCAGCAGCUGUUACCUGGAGGCCGCGGAGGUGGGACCUGUGUAUCGGCGCGUAGACAGGUCUCAGUUGUGCUGCAAGGAGAACUAGUCCAGUCCAGGCAGCUGGGGACCUCUCGCGACCAUCUUGCACAUCCAUCGAACACAGGGAAGGAUUUCAACUGCUCUGGUUGGUGUGUGGACCAGACAUUGUUCACCUGCCUCCAAACUGCCCAGUGCUCUGCUUCCAGUCCUGUCCCUCUUCCUGAAGUGGCUUCUUGGGCUCAGAGACGACAUUCCCUUAGACUUCCAGAAGCUGGAGAAAGAAAUGGACUCAGUGGUUGUUGAGGACGUGGCCGUGGUCUUUUGCCAGGAAGAGUGGGCUUUGCUGGAUACUGCUCAAAAGAAACUGUACAGAGAUGUGAUGAUGGAAACCUUCAGAAACUUGGCCUCAGUAGAUUCUCAAAACAUUAAUGACGGAGAAAAGCUGUCCAGUGAACAUACGGUGGUGCGACUCAUGGAGAAUAACCUCUGGUCCUCCAUGUUAGGAGAAAUCCACGACCAAUCUCAUGGCAGUAAAGAUCAGCUUAAAAACCAGAAGAGACAUUUAAGAAGUCAUACAGCAGAGAACCUCUGUGAAAGCAAUGAAGGCAAUCCGUGUAGGAAAACCUUCAGCCAGAUUCCAAGUCCUACUGUGUUAAAAAGAAAUCCUCCAGAAGCAAAUCGUUUUGAAAGCUGUGAGCAUGGAAAAGCUUUCCUGAGUCACUCAUCACAUAAUCAUCAUGCCAGAUCUCACAGUGGAUGCAAUAUCUGUCAGUGUAAGCAGUGUGGAGAAGCCUGCAAUUGCCCUUCUCACCUAACCGCUUCUUUGAGAACUCUUAAUGGGAAGAAACCCCAAAAAUGUGAAGUAUGUCGGAAGGACUUCAUUUGUAUCUCAGCCCUCAAGAAUCCUCUGACAGUGCUGACUGGUGAGAAAAGCUAUGAGUGUAACCACUGUGGGAAAGAUUUCUCUAGUUCCUUAUCCUUUUGGACACAUGUGAGAAGUCAUAAGCGUGAAUGCAGAGACAGUUGUAAAACCUAUAGUCGUCCUGUAUCCCUCAUUUUACAUAAAAAAUUUCAUAGGAGAAAUAAGUCUUCUGAAUGUAAGGAAUGUGGGAAAGCCUUUAGUCGUUCCUCAUACCUCACUACACAUAUAAGAACUCACAGUGGAGAGAGACCUUAUGAAUGUAAGGAAUGUGGGAAAGCUUUUCGUGAGGCCUCAUCCCUCACUAAACAUAGAAGAACUCACAGUGGAGUGAGGCCUUAUAAAUGCAAGGAAUGUGGGAAAGCCUUCAGUCGUUCGUCAUCGCUCACAUAUCAUAUAAGGACUCACAGUGGAGAGAGGCCUUAUGAAUGCAAGGAGUGUGGGAAAGCCUUUAGUCGUUCCUCAUCUCUCACUACACAUUUAAGAACUCACAGCGGAGAGAGGCCUUAUGAAUGUAAGGAUUGUGGGAAAGCCUUUAGUCAGACCUCGAGUCUCACUACACAUAUGCGAACUCACAGUGGCGAAAGGCCUUAUGAAUGCAAGGCAUGUGGGAAAGCCUUUAGGUGUUCCUCACACCUCACUACGCAUAUAAAAACUCACAAUGGGCAGAGGCCUUACAAAUGUAAGGAAUGUGGUAAAGCCUUUAGUCAGACAUCAUCCCUCAGUAAACAUAUAACAAGUCACAGUGGGUUGAGGCCUUUUAAAUGUGAAGAAUGUGGGAAAGCCUUUAAAUGUUCCUCAGACCUCACUACCCAUUUAAAAAUUCACAGUGGACAGAGGCCUUAUGAGUGUAAGGAAUGUGGGAAAGCCUUUAGUAAUUCCUCAGCUCUCACUAAACAUAGAAGAAUUCACAGUGGAGAGAGGCCUUAUGAAUGUAAAGAAUGUGGCAAAGUCUUUAGGCAGCCUUCAAACCUUGCCACACAUAAACGAAUUCACAGUGGGGAGAGGGCUUAUGAAUGUAAGCAAUGUGGGAAAGCUUUUAGGCGUUCCUCACACCUUAGUACACAUGAAAGAAUUCACAGUGGAGAGAGGCCUUAUGAAUGUAAGGAAUGUGGGAAAACCUUUAGUCGUGCUUAUUGUCUGUCCGAACACAUCAGGACUCACACUGGAGAGAGGCCUUAUGAAUGUAAGGAAUGUGGGAAAGCCUUUAGUUGUUCGUCAUCACUCACUCAUCAUAUACGAACUCAUACUGGAGAGAGGCCUUAUGAAUGUAAGGAAUGUGGGAAAACUUUUAGUCAGUCCUCAGCCCUCAAUACACAUAGAAGAAUUACAGUGGAGGGAGGCGUUAUGAAUGUAAGGAAUGUAGGAAAGUCUUCAGUCGUUCCUCACACCUUGCUUCACAUGUAAGAACUCACAUUGGAGAGAUUACUCUGUGUCAAAAGUGGGAUGUUUCAUCCUUACUGCUAUAAUUUCAAAUAGCAACUUUCUAAAAGUCUGCGAUUACAGAACAAAGUUUCUCAGUGAAUAAGCGAGCAAUACUAAGUCAAAGAAGGCAUCGUUAGAGCUACUUUGUGCCUUUGGCAGAAAUGACAGUUUCAGCGUAACUGUGGGGCUGUCAUCAGUGUGUGUUUCUCAGUCCAAGCUAAAGACGUCUGAAAGUCUUAGGCUGUUACAGAUACAGCGGUAGCAAAUAGCCUUGAGCAAAUGUGGUUUUACAUUUUGUAAUGAUUUUAUCGCUGUUAUUUCAUAUAGAAUUAAAAUACUCGUGUUGGGUUUAAAAGUGUUCUUUUUUCCUAUUUAACACAUUUCCUUCCAUUGUUUUCUAUUGUAAAGGUAACUUUUUUACAAAUUUCUCAUAGGGCAGUGCUUUCAGACUGUAAAUAUUCUGUUUUUCAUAAUAUUUUGGACUACUAAUUUUAGUAUCCGUUGAUAAUUAUUACUUAUUAGUAUUAUCAGUCUGUUGUUUACCAAAUGGUAUUUUCUGUUCCAUUCAUUUUCUCUGUGUUUAUCAAUUGGAAUUCUGCAAAAAAAUAGCUUUCUCUUUCCCUUAUUUAUUAAAUUCUUUAUAGCAAUAUAAGCAGCACUUGAAGUAGUAACAAGUUCCAUUCCUAAAUCUGCCUGUAAGUUGAAUUUGUACUUAAGUUGGAACAGCUAGGUACGGUUCACGUCUGUAUCUACCAUAGGUUAGUGAAAUGUUUGUCGUCAUAUGUAGAGUAUAGUGUAGGUUUCUUUGCAUAAAAAACAUUAAACACUUCCAGAUACACUAAGGCAGUGUUAAUGAUACAGAAAUGAUAAUAAUAAUGUUUUGAUAAUAAUGUGUUGCAAAGUCAUGCCCAUUUGUUACUACAAAUCCUUGCCGCUUCACUGGAUUCCCUCUUGGUGUGCCUUCCAUAGCCCCGACAUUGGGAGUCUAGAAAGCCACUCACAUUGAUAUUGUGCGUGCAAACCCCUACAAGCACCAGCCUCUACCUGGUUCCAAGUAGUGAGAUCCAGCUGUGAGCAGACACUGCACUGUUAGCAGGCAAGUGUCGCAGGGCCAGUGUUUCUGUAGGAAGGGGUCUUAACUUACAAUAAGCUUUAUGGGCAUUGGUUUAUAACUACAGGUUGUAUGUACAUCAGACGUUCAUAGCCUGGGAACUACUUGUAUAGGCUAAUCCAUAUUACUUUUUUUUUUCCUUGCUGAAAUUACCCCGGAUUUGGUUAUUAGGAGCUCACUUAACUAGGUUCAUGUAUUUAUUUGACAUGACCCCAGUACAAUUUCAGCACUCCUUUCUGCCAGCGUUCAGUGAUCAUCUUGUCCUUUUCCUCCCUGAGCCCUGGCAUCAGACUUUUCUCCAAGAAAGCCUGGCUUCUCUUAUAAGAGAAUGAUACCUAGAAACAAAAGUCUGGACAUUAGAUAUGCUUACUGCUACUAGGCCCUCAAAGUGGGAAAAAGUAGUAAAUAUAUGUGUGUGAGUGUACACAUGCAAAGACACAUUUAUACAUAUUUCUGUAAGUAUCUGUAUGUAUUUUUAAAACCAUGAGAUUAUACACAUAUCUCUGAUUCCAGUCCAACACCACAGGGUUCAUUUUAGCCUUUUCUGUUACUUUAUGUGUUUACUCCUUUCUCUAAUAGCGAUACUCCUGGCUUUCAUUAUCCACACUGUAUUGUUUGCUGAAUCUGAGAAUAUACGUAAAGCAGAUUCAGAAUUGGUAGCUGUGAGGCAGUGCACCUCCUCGCCGAAAGCACUUUGGCCUUUGAGUUUCCUGAGAGUCAGAGUGCAGCUGAGUCUGAAGAGUGAGGCCAGAUAGGAUCCGAGGGAACACCUGGUGAUCUGGUGUUAACCUCUUGAGGCAUCAUUUAGCUUUCAUGGCGGACUGGCCUGUGAAAGCACAGAAGGCAGAGGGUUAAGGGAGCUUCCCAGAUGUUGAGAAACAGCCAUCCAUGUGGAGGGUACAGUGUCCUGGGGACAUGGCAGCUCUGCACUGGGACCCUCCCACACCUUGCCCCAUGCAUCUCUUCAUUUGUGUCCUUUUUGGUUAUAUAUUUAAGCCAUUAUUAUCAGGUUGGCCUUUUUGUGAAUUCUGAGUCAUUCCAGUGAAUUACUAAACCGAAUGAAGUCUCAACAUUAAGAGACCUGGGGACCCUUCGUUUUGUGGCUCAUAUUCUCAGGGGGUUAGAGGGGAGCCCCAGACUUCUGGCCAGCAGUGAGAAGUUAGGAGUCAUUUAGACGCCCGGACUCACAGCUCGUGCCUGCCUCUUGGGCUAUCUGAAAGACGAUGUCCUUUUAACUUGUGAGGUCUGGCUUAGCCCUGGAUGGCUAGAGUAAGAAGGAGAAUCCUGCAUGGGUGGCUGGUGUCAGAAUUAAACAAGGACAGGAAUCCAUGAUUUCCACCUGACGCAGUUGCCCUGUGAGGUGGGACUUUUUUUAGUCUCCUUGGCAUAGGUAGUUGAAGCCAUUAAGUUCCAUCUUAUCCUAAAACUGGCCUUUUAACUACAGUAUUACACAAUUGUUGGAAUUUCAGUGAGAGAUGGAAAAUGCGUUGACCCAGACUGAUGUCUGUGUACAUGAUAUCUGUACAUAGUAAGGACUCAAAUAAUUCCUGAUGAGUGCAUGAAUGAAUAAAUAAGUGAAUAUGUUUAGAGGCAAUCAGGCAGAGACUUGCUCAAUUUCUUGCCUCUGCUUACAAAGGUUUCCACUCCCAUGCCCAUCCACACCUCCACACUCUGUCAGUGAAAAAUUUGGCCCUCUCCAUCAGCUCUGGGUCCCUUCCCUUCUUUUCUGCCCCAUCUCGCCGUCAAUAAUUCACUCUCUCUCCAGUGCCUUCAAUAUCUCCUGUCUCCUGUUUGCCCUUAGUAUCCAAUUUCUCCAACUUAAUUGAGCCGUCUUCCAUUUUCAGCUCUUUUCACAAUCUUCAUGUUUAAGCUUCUUUGAAAAGGUGGUACAGCCACCUACAGUCCUGGCUUCAACCAUCAACCCAAUCAACUCCCACGUGUCCACAUCUCCAGCACAGAUCAGUUUCCCAGACAUAAGCCCCAAACAUCCUAUAAUCAUUACAGUAGGCUCUAAACAGUUUAUCUUGCCAUACUCGUAUCCUUUAGCCACUUCACUACUGCCGGUGGAAUGUUGGUUUUCAAACUCAACGUCUGCCUUCUGUUGCUUAUCAUCUGUAUUUCCACCUCACCUGGCUAAAAUACAUUUCCCUCUCUGUUUAGUUUUAAUCAAGACUUCUCUGUAAGUCCACCACUUCUAGGAACCCUUUAAUCAUCUCCCCAACUGCCCUUUCUCUGUACUCUCCUGGUACUACUCUUCCUUGGCCCCUAGUGUAGUACUGGUUAUGCUCUGUGUCAUUCAUUAUAAAUCAAUGCUACUAAAUUCAUAUACCCUCUCUAAUUUUGUAACCAUGUAUGUAAGUACAGAAUUUCUGGCUGGUUGCUUUCAAAUCUAGGGUGUCAUUUGUUAUUGUUUGCAGUUUCUGCCUUUUAUCCUCAUGACUGUGGGAAGCACAGGUGUUUUAUAUCUGUGUGCCUGUUUCUCCUGUCUCUGCUUGUUCGUUCCCUGUGUGCCUGAUAAUUCGUUGUUCUUCUGUUAGACAUAUUCCUUUCCUGACAGUGUUGUGAGCAGGGUUCAGCAAACAUUUUUGUAAAGGGCUAGAUAGUAAACAUUUUCGACUUUGCUGGCUGUGUAUUCAUAUUUGGAAACACCUGACUCUGCAGUUGUAGCUGGAAAGCAGCUGUAGACAGUAUGUCCUUGAAUCGUUGUGGUCAUGUUCCAAGAACAUGGUAUGUACAAAAGCAGCUGUUGGGCAGGUUUGGCCUGGAGCUGUGUAGUGUGUUGACUCCUGACUUAGAGAACAGAUUCAAAUUCAGGAAGCAGGCUACUUAUAGAGGACAUGGUAAAAUUAAUAUCACAAAUCACAUGCAGCUUACGGUCUGCUUUGAGACUCACCUGGUAGACGGUUUAGCAUGAGUACGUCUCUCAGGCUCUGCCCUAUAUCCCUGGCCAGUGCUGAUGUGACUGUCAGACUCACCAUCAUCCUGACCUGCCCCUAUACCGAGGGUUCCAGUCACCUCAGACUCAUGGCAGGCGUUGAGUUUCUUCUCUUUAUGGUGAUGGAAAAUUUGACAACAGAUAUUGCUGAUGGUUGCACAGUAUGAUUCAUGUAACUAAUGUCAUUAAAUUGUGCACACAGAAAACGUUCGUCAAAUGUGUUUUUUGUAUAUAUGUGUACAUAUUUUAACUGAAAAUAAAAAACAAUUACAAUGUAAGGCAGAGAGCUUAACUGUCCUUGUUUUCUUGUAUUUCAUGUAUUUUAUUAUUCUUAUUGUCUUUUAUAUUUGGAAAAGAAAAUACACAGAGGAAAAAAUAUUCAGAUCGUACAGGGCGUACAAUGAAAAGUCUCUCUCACUCUUGAGCUGAGUCAUCGUCCUCAGAGGAGUCCCUGUGAUCAUUUUCUUGUGUCCAGAGAUAUUGUAUGCAUAUACAAAUACAAAUGACUUCUUUUGCUCAAUAGUAGAUUACUGUACAUAUUUUUUGUACCUUGCCUUCUUGUAUUGUCACUUAACAUGUAUCAGAAAUCACCUGCACAGCAUGUAAGGAUUGGCCCCUCUUUCUCUAACAGCUAAAAUGAUAUGUAUUUUACGAAUGGACCAUAUUAUUCAGUUCUCUAGUGAAGACGAUUCCUUUUCUUCGUUCCUAUUGACAAUGUUACUAGCCACAUUCUUGCUCUUCCUGCACACGUGUGAGUAGUAACUGUAGAAUCAGUUCCUAGCAGUGAAAUUUUGUUAGAUCACUGGAUGAAUUUUGAAGUGUACACUCCAAAGUUUGAUAGAUGCUACCAGAUUGCGUUCUGUAGGAGCUGUGCCAUUUUAAACUCUACUGAUAAUAUAUAAACGUAGCUGUUGGUAAUGCCAACAGAGCAUUACCAAAUCCUGGUCUCUGCCAGACUAGAAGUAAAAAAAAAAAAAAAGUAUUGCAUGGGAAUGCCACUUUGGAA